UGUCAAUAAAAUGAAUAUUUCUCUUUCUUAAAAUGAAUAAUAAUAACAGAAACGAUGUUUAGUUUUUAAAUACCAAAUACAAAAAUGGUUCGUUGUUGUGUUUUAGGGUGUAGAAAUCGAAGUGAGCGGAAAUAUGAGAAUAUAACUUUUCACUCAUUUCGUAAAGGCGACGUCAUGAGAAACAGAUGGAUAGCAUUUACUGGUAGAAAAAAUUGGAAACCAAGUAAAUGCGACCGUAUAUGUAGUAAGCAUUUUGAAAGCUUUUGUUUUCAUAAAACUAAAUUCAAGGUUAACUUAAAAACAAAUGCUGUACCAACACUAUUUAAAUAUCGCAUUGCAAAUUCUAUUCAAUAUAGAUAUUCGGGGUAUAAAAAUAAUGAACUACUAUUGAAGCCGACAACUAUAACACAAGUUUCCAGUCAUAAAAAAAAAUUGACUGGUGUAAAGGAGGUAAGAAAGAAAAUCUCAAAGUCAUCUCAAUUAGGAAAAACUGGAAAGGUAGAAACUUAUCUUCAUAUAAACAAAAGUCGAGAGGUAGUUACAAAGUUCGAUGAAGAUGAUGAAGAGACAGACGAUGCUUUAACCGAUUGGAGUUACAAGGAUGACGAUAUAGAAUCCACCAUCGAACCAACGAAAAAAAAAUUGUCUGGUGUAAAGGAGGUAAAAAAGAAAAUUUCAAAAACAUCUCAAUUAGGAAAAACUGGAGAAGUAGAAACUUAUCUUCAUAUAAACAAAAGUCGAGAGGUAGUUUCAAAGUUCGAUGAAGAUGAUGAAGAGACAGACGAUGCUUUAACCGAUUGGAGUUACAAGGAUGACGAUAUAGAAUCCACCAUCGAACCAACGUCUUCUCUUCAUACAACUUUCAUAAUAAAAGACGAAGUAUUGGAACCUGAAGAACAAUUUCCACACAACGAGUUAACCUUUAAAUGUGACGUUGAAGAUAGUGAUCUAUUUGAUACUAAGGAUUCUACAAAGAAUACUACCAAUGCAGCUUUUUCUGAUGCCUUGGAAUUGUGGCAUUGUCUAAAUGUAAAUAUGUCAACUACAAAUUCAUUGGAGAAUGGUGAGGACUUAGAAAAUGUGGCAUUGGUACGAAUGGAAGAUGUACAGCCAGAUAGAAGUGUUGAAGUGACAAUAACGCGUACCGAAGGUGACGAAAGUAAUGAUAAUAGUUGUAGUUCGACCGAAGAUGAGGAAUCGAAUACUGGCAGUAUAGUAUCAGUUAAAUAUGAAGAAGUGAUUGACUGUACGGAAAACAGUAAUCAUUCUGAACAGAUUGAAUCUAAUACAGACCCACUUAAAUUGGAUGACGAACCAAAAACCAAAGAGUCGGAUCAAUGGCCGACAUUAGAAAUACUGCCAGGUGGUGUUAUAAAGAAUGCUGACAGAUAUGAAGAUGAUUUAUUUACAUGUCAAUUGGAAGAUGAUAAUAAAAAUGAUGUUGCCAUGUACGCGUGUGCUAUUUGUUCGGAAAGUUUUGAUGAAUUAAUGACACUUAGCCUUCAUGUAAGAGAUCAUGAACAAGAAAAGAAAAGACAAAAUAACAAACUUAGGUAUUUAGAGAGCAAAAAAAAUGCUAGCAAAAGAAAAAUAAUAGACAUAACUUCGGAAAGCAAGGUGCCAAAGAAUGCCUAGCUUAAAAUAUUGUGUAUUGUGCACAACAUCUAGCUAAAUAAUACGGAAAAUGCGUCCGGGACUAGCCUUCAAUAUAUUUUUUUGUAUAUAAACAAACAAAUUAUAUGUUAAAUAUGUACAUGGUUAU